CUUCAUUGGAGGCGAUGCCCGAAGGGGGAGGGGCCACUCUGUCGGGGUAUUCUGAUAGAUAAGGUAUAAGGGACCCCCCUGCAAGAAUGCGAUCACAUUGGAACAAACCCAGUCCUUGUGUCCCCUCCACUCCGUCGAGGCAGAGACGCUCCAGAAUGCAGCAGCUGAUCGCGCCCGUCCUGCUGGCAUCGUCCCUGUGGACGGUCUGCACAGGAGCCGGAGAUUGGUGCUAUCAGUCCCAGUUUACCUGUGAUCAUCAGUGCAAUGCACCUGACAAGUGGAACCACGCCAACAGCAACUGUGCCGGAAAAUACCAGUCGCCCAUCAACAUCGUCACCAGAAAGACUUUGAAAGACGAACGCUUGACUCCUUUCCAGUUCAACAACUACCAGCAGAUCUUCAGAGGCACGAUCAAGAACAACGGCCACUCGGUUCAGGUCGGAGUUCCUCAUCUCAGCACCAUCUCAGGUGGAGGGCUGCCGACCAGCUACAAGGCCGUACAGUUCCACCUCCACUGGGGCAACAAUGGGGGGCCUGGCUCCGAACAUACCAUCGAUGGGGAGCAGUAUCCCAUGGAGCUGCACAUCGUUCACAUGAAGCACCAUUACACUGACCUGACAACAGCUCUGUCAGACCCAGAGGGAGUAGCGGUCCUUGGGUUUUUCUAUGAGAGAUCCAACAGUGCAAACCGAAAGUACGACCCCAUCAUCAACGCUAUGCUAAGCAUCGCGGCUACAAACGACAACACAUCUCUGGCUAGCGUCUCCCUGACACAGCUGAUCCCCUCCGAGCAGAAUAUGACCAGCUAUUACCGCUACAAGGGCUCGCUGACCACCCCAGGGUGCACUGAGGCUGUUAUCUGGACCUUGUUUGAGAAUCCCAUCCCUCUGAGCAUGGAUCAGUUGCGGACCUUCUCCGAGCUCAAGUUCCACGAUGGAAAGUCGAUGGUGGGGACCUUCCGGCCGGUCCAGCCCCUGAACGGCCGGAAGGUGUUAUGGUCGGGGAGUGGGGUGAUCCUGGCCAGCUCCGCCCUCCUCGCUGUCGCCAUGGCCACGGCCUUGGGACUGUCCCAGCCCUACUAGAGCGAAGUGUCCCUCGCUGCUCUGCAACGUCAAUGAACACAUUUACUUCUGCAUCACUCUUCAGCUGAACCCCGGUUUGUAACUUUGUCAUUGCAUGGUUGCGAGGAUGAUCGACCACAUUGUAGUGCAGGCAUGACUCACCUGGUGUUCUUCCCUUACGACACAAAUGACAAAGGCUUUGGAGAAAUGCCUUAUGAAAGGUGCCAUAAGGGGUUGAUUCAUGCAUGCGUAGUGAAGAAAUAGGUCUUAUUUUAUGAAUGUGCCAUAAAGCAGCACACCAAGCACUCCAAGUGACAGCUGAAUUCAACACCGGACCCUCAGACAUGCCCUUAAUUUUUUCGCAGCAUCAUCCAUUGAACACCAGCACAUAAACGCCCCCCUUCUCUUUAAACCCCAUCCACCUUGUCCAAUGUCAGGUAAAUUUAGUUUCUGCUAAUGUCAGUGUGAGCGGCGGAUGGUUUGUGCUCUGAGCACCGCGGCCGGCCCCAUGACCCGGCACGUGAUGUGUUGUUCUCAACGGGGCAUGGGAAAGGCGUGGAGCUAUUAAUAGCAGAACUGAGUCAAGCUCCAUUUCAAAGCCAGCGGUCAAAGGAGUCAGCAGUUUCUUUUUCCAGUGUUUUUCAAAGUCCAGGAGCACACGGCACAGCCGUCAGGUGAACACCUCACAGCCACGCAGUCAGCAGUUGGUUUGGGCCUUUUCUUUUAUGGGAAUCAGUUAAUAUCCAUGCUGCUCUGACAGCAGAGCUGCAGUCUCCCUCUCCUCCCACAGCCAGAGGCUACUGACACCUGAGACAAAGACGAAAAAGCUUCAGAGAUGCUAAUGUUAACGGUGAUCCUCAGAGUGACCGCUCAGGGAAGAGGCAGCGUCUGCAGCGCGAGGAGACAGCAUCAUGACGUGUCACACCUCUUUUCCAAACCGACGCCGUCCUCCUCAUGCACCUCAAACACUCGCAUGGAUCCGCAUGACUUGAUGUUCCAGAUGUUGAUUAUUAAUUGCGCACCCAAAACCGUGCUUGCCAAAAUUCAUUCACACACAGACACACACCUCAGUCACUCCAUUUCCCAUUGUUGACCUGGGAAGUUCAGUGAGCUCAUCUGGAGAACAUGUGACCAUUUUCAUGGUUUGUAUUACAGGGUCUCGGAUGCACUGAAUGUUAUCGACUGUGAAUUACACCACACUGAGUUCUCACUCAUUUAUUCAGGAGGACUCGUCAUGUAUUCGAGCGAGAGAUCUGUGCAAUUUGCCAGCAAGAGUUGUCGUGACGAUCGAGCAAGGAAGCUGUAUAUUUUCCAUUGUUUUUUCGUAAGGCAUGGAGUCAUAUUUCUAUGCUGUGUCAUUGUACACAUGUAUUUAUGUACCAAAUGUGUAUAUUAAUAUGAGACGCACAGUUACUGUUAUGUAUUGCAACGUUUAUAGCAUUGAAUGCAUAUAUGAAGCAUCAUGUCGUUCAUGACCAAUCAAGUUUACUUAUGAUGUUGAGUGUAUGAGAUUGUUGAAAAUGUCAUAAAUAAUAUGGAGAAUGUGUUCCAAAUGAACAAUAAACUACCUACAUGCCUUUUUAA